AUGAACUACGGCAUCAUCAACAACCGGCGUCCAGACCCGCGGCAGCGUGGCGGUACAUCUUCCGUCAGUGCACUCCUCGCAGACCCACGCAUGCGUGAAAUCGCCAAGCAAAUGGGACUGCAGCCCAAAGACUUCGGCGAGGAGGCGCAGGCGCUCUGGCAGACGCUCAACGACCUCUCAACGUCGGACCCCAAGCGCUACGAGUCCUUCAUCAACGAGCAACUGCAGGACGGACCCCCGCUGCCUCCGUCCACGGACUCUUCAUCAUCAUCAAACCAAGCCUCGAAUGACGCCCCUGCACCUCGCUUCUUCACGCCAAACCCGGGCUUCGUGGUCAAGUGCACCAUGUAUCACUCGGUCAAGUGCCAGCAGCAAGAGACCAAGCUCUUCCUCAACAUCUGCGCCCACAAGCUCAUCGACUCACCGAAGAACCCGAACUCUGGCCAGGAGGUGCCCGAAGAUACUCGAGCUGUGCCCAACACCAACAGCUUGCAAGUUCCUCUCAUCGUGGGCAAGCUACGGGAAAUCACUGACUUCAGCGGGGCGCUCUGCUGUGUCGUCGACGUCGUUGUGAAUCCGUGGGUGCUGCGUCGUAGUGAAUGGGACGCGACUUUCAAGCGCGAGGUCAUGAAGCUGGCCGUGCAGUGGGUGCAGCAAGACGCGGGUGUGAGGCUUGUCACGCCAACGGGAAAGUUCAUCAAAGCUCGCUACAAGGGCGGCGUCGCUGUGGGCAACGAGAUCAUCACGUCGAAAUUCCGUAUCGAGGACGCCGAUCCAGCGAAGCAGCGCAUGGAAUCACCCGCCGAUCUUCUCAAGCAGAUCAAUCUGAACGAAGCGAAGAAAGACGAGACCACGCACGAGCUGAAGAUCACGCCGUCCAAAGAGAAAAACACCAUCCCGACGCCGGAGAAGAAGGUGCUUAUCGAAGAGCUGCCCGGCGCAGUGAAGCGGGGUUUCUUGAACUCGACGAAGGCGCAGCUUUACCCGAAGGGGUCUAGCGAGGGUCGCCCGUCAUCCGCGUACGUGAAUCUCCUGAGUCGCAGCAAGAUCGUCGAUCUCGGAGAGAUGGAGCGGCAGCGGAAAGCGCAGGAGGACGAGCGCAGAGAAACCAUGGCGUUCUUACAGCCAGAGCAGCAAACAAAAUUUUCUCAGCGCCGAGCUGCCAAUGCUACAGGAGCCGCAGAACUCGACCACGGCGACCAUAUCUUCGAGCAGCUCUGCCAGCAAGCCGAACCUGACCUCAAACCAGCAGCUCUUCGAGACGUAACAAGCUCUGGUGGCAGUGAUACGACGAGUGGCGACCAGCUUUUUGGCGAGGGAUUCGAGGAACUAGCCAAACUCUUGACUCCCUAG